AUGGAGGAAGAAAAUGGAAGAAGCAGCGCUUUUGGUUUAGUGGCAAAGCUUGAAGCUUUGAAUUUGAAUAUCAAUGGCGGCACUGAAACUACUAAACAGCAACAGCGUUUUAGAGCAAAUCAAGCAGCUCAUCAAAAUUCCUUCAAACCUCUUAUUGAUGUUCUGCUUUCCUGGUCUCUUGAAGACAUUUUCAAUAAACAUCUUUUUAAGUUACAGGUGGAAAAGAUUCCAGGAUCCUUCGAGUCGGUGGAGCAAUAUUUUGCAUCGUACACCUACCCUCUACUUGAAGAGACACGAGCUCAGCUGUGCUCCAGCAUGAACCCCAUCUCCAAAGCUCCAUUUGCUCAAAGGAGUGGGAAGACGUGGAGUUUUGCAACUGUUUGCUCACACAAAGGCAGCAAACAGAAGAACAAAACAACUUCUUUUACGCUAAAGACAUGGCGGCGGGACAACUUUAAGGAACAGCCUAUGUUUGUGGUUCUUUUGGUGAAUGUUCUUUCUAAUGUGAGGAUAUGGAAUGCACUGCACUUGCAGAGGAGGAACUUGAUGAUUUUCAACCAAGUAUUAGGAGCCAAUAGUUCUUCUUCUUGUUCUUCGGAUUUUGGUUGUGAUGUUUGUGGUGAAGCAAAGAUUGAGUCCGACAAUGGUUUGUUUUCUACUUUGAAUGAAUCCCAAGUUAGAGCAGUUCGAUCAUGUCUUCUAAAGACAAGCUGUGUCCACAAAUCUGCCGUUGAACUCAUCUGGGGUCCGCCCGGGACCGGCAAAACGAAGACAGUUAGCGUGCUGUUGUUCCAGCUUUUGAAGAGCAAUCGUCGGACGCUUGCUUGCGCUCCAACAAACACUGCGAUCAUGCAGGUGGCAUCGCGGUUUCUUCUUCUGGUUAGAGAAAUGCAGGAGAAAGAGUGUGGAUCUGAAGGGUUGUUCUGCAAUUUGAGUGAAAUUCUUUUGUUUGGGAACAAAAAAAGGCUCAAAGUUGGCGAAUCUGACAAAUAUAUAUAUUUGGAUUAUCGAGUUGAACGUCUUCAGAAGUGCUUCAGUCCUUUCACUGGCUGGAGGCAUCGUUUUGGAACCAUGAUUGAUUUUCUUGAAGACUCUGUUUCUCAGUAUAAAAGAGAAUCGACAAAAGACGACGACUCGUCGCCCCCAUCGUCUUUUGUUGAAUUUGUAAGGAUGAGGUUUAAAACCGUUUCUUGUUCACUCAAGGAGUGCAUAUCAAUCUUCUGCACACACAUUCCCAAAGCCAUUUUGAAGCAAAAUUUCCAAAGGCUGGCUUGUCUCAUGAGUUUGAUUGGUUCUUUGGAGAGUUUGUUGCUCUCAGACAUGUUUGUUUCUGAGGAUGUUGAGAAGCUUUUUUCGAGCCGAGAAAUGGUCGAAAAUUUUUCGGAGAAUGAGAGGCUAAUUUGGAAGGCCAGAAAUGACUGGACUGGAAGCAGAAGAGGGAUUACAGAAUUUUGUUUCGGGAAUGCGUCGUUGUUCUUCUGCACGGUUUCGAGUUCAUUUAAGCUGCAUUCGAUGAAGAAAGUGAGGCCAUUGCAGGCGUUGGUGAUGGAUGAAGCAGCACAGUUGAAGGAGUGUGAGGCUGCAAUUCCACUGCAGUUUCGCUAUGCAAUUCUCAUAGGUGAUGAGUGCCAAUUGCCUGCUAUGGUUGAAAGCAAAGUUGCAGAAGAAGCUGGGUUUGGAAGAAGCAUGUUUGAGAGGCUGAGCUCAUUGGGGCAUCCAAAACAUCUUCUCAAUGUGCAGUAUAGGAUGCAUCCUUCCAUAAGCUUGUUCCCAAACUCAAAGUUCUACUCUAGCCAGAUCCCAGAUGGUCCUAAUGUCAAAGCCAAAGGCUACGAAAAGACGUUUCUUCCGAGUCGAAAAAUGUUGGGUUCGUAUUCUUUCAUAGAUAUAAAUUAUGGAAGAGAAGAGAAGGACGGCAUUACACAGAGUUGGAAAAAUAUGGUAGAGGUUGAUGUUGUGCUGCAAAUUAUUCAUACAACAUGUGUUGACUCAAAAGAGAAGAUCAGCAUUGGUGUGGUGUCACCUUAUUCAGCUCAAGUAACUGCUAUUCAACAGAAGAUUGGGAGGAACUAUGAUAACUGUCAUAGCUUUAAAGUUAAAGUGAGCUCUGUUGAUGGCUUCCAAGGAGGGGAGGAGGAUAUCAUUGUCAUGUCUACUGAGAGUGCUGAGGAAGAAAAGAAAGGAAAUGAUGCUCAAACAUCGAAGCCUGCAUUUUACAAUAAUUUAUUCGGUAAUAUGCCACGUUAUGAGAAGUACUCGCCAAUAAUCAUUUCACCUGAACAAGAGGACAUAAUCGAGACUCAAGUUACUAGAUGCGAACCUACAGUUGAGUUUCCAAAUGAAGAUGAAGUCAUUGGAACUCAAGUAGUUCCUCUUGUGGAGGAUGAAAUCCCAAUAAUUGAAAGAUUGGAAAAUUUGAAAAGGGGUGUGGGAAGAGUAAAGAAUGUGUCAGAAAUUAAAGGGAAGAAGAAAACAGAUGAUACGAUCAAAGAAAAGAAAUUUGGACGCAAGGAUAAAAGGAAAAAAGGGAGAUAUGAUAAAAGUAAUUUUAUUGGUCAGAAUCAGGCAGAUGCGUAUGAUCGGCCCCAUUGUUACUUCCGAGGGAUAAGUGGUUGA